AUGGCGCGCGCGGCGCUCCCAGAGGAGCUCAAGGAGUCGAUUCUGGUGUAUGCAUGUUCACUACCACGUAAUUCGCAAACCGAGGUCAAAGAAUACCAUGUGCGCAAUACACGCGUGUCAGACCUGCUUGGGAAUGUAGAGGCGGUCGUGCCAGGCACGCUCUCCACGCUCCUCUUCCCCGCACCGACGCGCACCGAGCUGGAGCAGGAGGAGCGGGUGGAACUCGAUACAGAGAUGGUGACGCAGGUCAUGCAGCUUAGCCAGAAGCACUAUACGCUGGGCGCACAGCUCCUGUACCGUGCGCCGGUCCUGCAGCGGCCGUCACAACUGAUGCAGCUUGCCCGGACGCUGUCCAGCCGACCCGUGCUGGGGCGCAUGGUGCGCCACCUGUAUGUGGGGACGACUACGCCACGGACAGAGCUGCCCAUGUCCUUCUUUCAGGGGGGUCUCGCGAGCUACGAACGCGGCCUCUCGCUGGCCCCCGAGUUUCGCGGCGUCGGCGGACGCAACGCGCACCCGUGCGAGCCGAACGGGUCGCUGCUGCCGCACGUCACAGAGCACGACAUGGCCGAAGUGUGCGCCUUGUUCGUGGGGCCGCCCGGCGCACGGGGGUUUGAUAUCUACCGACCUGGAUUUGACCGCGACGACGAGUGGAUCGGCAAAGGGGCAUGGGUACUCCGCCUGCACGAGGCGCGGUGCCUCCUGCACUGGGCACGCGCCCUGGCGUACCAGGCGCGCCUGGAAGAGGCUACAAAGACGACGAAUCUGGACGAGUUUUACGGCACGCUCCGAAAAGAGGCAGAGGACGCAAGUGUAAACCUCGCAGCGUUUCUCGAGGGCCAGGAGCCCAGCGAGGCGUACGACCUCCUGCAGCGCCGGACAGGUACAAGACACGACCCACUGGACUGGGACGAUACUGCAGCGACACCGGCCCCCAUUCCGGACGCACUGCCAGUCGACCAACACGAAAGCUUGGUCGCCCUGCAGUGGCGCAUCCUCGCUGAGUGGCCACAGGAAUGGAUGGCACAGCUCCCGCGCUGGCUCUGUGUUCUCCUUGCCCAGGCCAUUGCGCAUGGACAGUGGGCUGGCCGCACGUGUACGCCCGCGGAAAGAAAAGCGAUCCUCGGCGAUACGUACAGGACCGACGCGCGUCUUGUGCACGCGCGGCAGUGCGGCGCGUCGUUCUUUACCGCGCGUGACCGCUUUGAUGAUCCGUGCUUGUACGCACGGUCAGGCGUCAUGCACUUCCUGGUCGGCAACGAGCUCGGGAAUCCUGCGCAGGCGCAGCAGGCGCAGCGCGACACGACCGAUUUUUGGGCGCAGCCCGGGCAGUCGCUCGACGGCGAUCCUAUUCCCCCGACGAUCGACCAAAUGGUCCUGGCGUCAUUUGCGCCGCGCCCGCUGGGCCUGGCGCCUAGCCUGCUGAGUAUCCCGGGUAAGGAGCCUCGGCACACCGAUAUCCCGCUACCGAGCGCCGAGCCUACUCUGCCGCCGACGCUCGGCGGGCUGAUUGCAACGGUGCAGUCUGUCCUAAGUCUAACACCCAACCUCGAGUCGCUUGGCCUCUCGGGUGUGCUGGAGCGCGUCGUGGCCGGCCAGCGCUGCGCCAUGUCGCUCCCCCAUCUCGACCGCGUCUACCUCGGCCCACCGCCGCCGUACUGGGCGCAUCCCUUGCUCUUUGGCGAUGCGCACCACCCUGCUUUUGCCUAUACGCGCCACAUUUCCAUUACAGGAUGUCUCUUAUUCCAAGACGAGGCCGCGUCGCUGGCCGGCGCGUUUGGCGCACUACCCAACCUCGAAUCGGUGACCUGGUCCAUGUUCCACAGCACGUGGGAGGAAGGCGCACACAGCGUGAUUGCCGCCCUGUCCACCAUGCUUGCCCCGUCGCGGUCACAUUGA